GCCAAGCCUCUGCUCAGACCCUGCUAGGUCCGCGGAGCAACUCCGGGAACAUGAGUGCGGCGGCAACUGCAGGGAAGCUGGCGCGGGCACCAGCCGACCCAGGGAAAGCCGGGUGCCCCGGAGUUGCAGCUCCCGGGGCCCCGGCAGCCGCUCCGCCGGCGAAAGAGAUCCCGGAGGUCCUAGUGGACCCGCGCAGCCGGCGACGCUACCUGCGGGGACGCUUUCUGGGGAAGGGCGGCUUUGCUAAGUGCUUCGAGAUCUCGGACGCUGACACUAAGGAGGUGUUCGCUGGCAAGAUCGUGCCUAAAUCGCUGCUGCUCAAGCCGCACCAGAAGGAGAAGAUGUCCAUGGAGAUAUCCAUUCACCGCAGCCUCGCCCACCAGCACAUCGUAGGCUUCCACGGCUUUUUCGAGGACAGCGACUUCGUAUUCGUGGUGUUGGAGCUCUGCCGCCGGAGGUCUCUCCUGGAGCUGCACAAGCGGAGGAAAGCACUGACCGAGCCGGAAGCCCGCUACUACCUUCGGCAAAUUGUCCUUGGCUGCCAGUACCUGCACCGAAACCGGGUUAUUCACCGGGACCUCAAGCUGGGCAACCUUUUCCUGAAUGAGGAUCUGGAGGUGAAAAUAGGGGAUUUUGGACUGGCAACCAAAGUGGAAUAUGAUGGGGAACGCAAGAAGACCCUGUGUGGGACUCCUAAUUACAUAGCUCCUGAGGUGCUGAGCAAGAAAGGGCACAGUUUCGAGGUGGACGUGUGGUCCAUUGGGUGUAUCAUGUAUACAUUGUUAGUGGGCAAACCACCUUUUGAGACCUCUUGCCUCAAAGAGACCUACCUCCGGAUCAAGAAGAACGACUACAGUAUUCCCAAGCACAUCAACCCUGUGGCCGCCUCCCUCAUCCAGAAGAUGCUUCAGACAGAUCCUACUGCCCGUCCCACUAUUCAUGAGCUGCUCAAUGACGAGUUCUUUACCUCCGGCUACAUCCCCGCCCGGCUCCCCAUCACCUGUCUCACCAUUGCACCCCGAUUUUCCAUCACUCCCAGCAGUCUGGACCCCAGCAGCCGGAAGCCUCUCACAGUCCUCAAUAAAGGUAAAACAGUAGACCCCAGAGAGAGCCUAGGCUUCAGAUGUGUGGGUGGGUGGCCCCCAGAGCCCAGGCGUGCAGCAGGACCUGCCCAUCCUUGA